AUGACUCCUGCUGGACCAGUUUGUGCUUCAUCUGGUGCUUCGAGACCAAGGGUGGAAACUGUUCAGAAUCCUGUAAUUCUUACCAUAGCAGAAAUCAUUGCUCUCUCCCGUGCUUACCAAUAUCCUGCAGAGAGUAGUCGAGCUGCUGCUUCAAGACCAAGAGUUGAAGCUGUCCAGGAUUCUGUUGUACCGACACAACCAAUGUCAAUUGACCUCUCCUUUACAGAACAAUAUAUUGCAGAGAGCAGCAGAGAUCUAACUGCUGCUUUUGAGGCUUUGCAAGUUUCUGCUGUUGAGAGAGUCUUGGAUUUGACAACCACCACUGCCAUUAACACUGCCACUGUUAUUCCCUGCUGUUCCAGCUGUAAUGGAAUUGGCCACAUACAGAGUAACAGCUUGCAGUGUCCUAACAACAGAUGGCACCACACUUUUGUCCCUGGCCAGUUAGCUGUCACUCAUAACAUGGCCCGGCAUACCACCACCCCAUUACCUCCAACUGAUAACAGAGGUGCCAUAGAUGUACAAUGCCAAUUCUGUGGAGCUCUAAUAUGGAUUCAUGAGAAAAACUACACGUCCAAGGCAAACAACAUCAAGUUCUCCAUGUGCUGCAGACUCAGGACUGUCAUUCUUUCUCCCUUUGAACCCACCCCUCCUGAAAUCGCAGAACUUUUGGUACACAACACUCCUGCUGGAAAAGAUUUCUUCGAAAAGAUCAGGCAGUACAACAGCACUAUGGGUUUCACUUCCAUGGGAGUCAACAUUGAUCAGUCUGUUGCCAACAAUAUUGGUGGUGCAUACAACCUCCAGAUCCAUAGGACCAUCUGCCACAAGAUUGGGUCAGUCCUUCCAACAACCCAGGCUCAGAUGGAUCAGCCCAAGUUUGCCCAGGUUUAUAUAUUUGACCUAGCCUCUCAGGUCGACCAUAGACAUUGCAAUGCCCCAGAAUUAGACAGGGUAAUCUUCGAAAAGAUUCAGGCUGUUCUCAUGGAGGUUAAUCCAUUUGUUUCCCUCUUCCAUUCUAUGCAUCAAGUCGCACGGGAUAAUGGUGGAACAGCCGACAUGACCUUUUGCCUGGCAGAGUCUGGCCCAGCAGACCAGCAACGGUACAAUACUCCCACUGUUGAGGAAGUGGCAGUGUUGAUGAGUGAUACUGAGCAUAAUGAGGCAAGAGACAUCAUUCUGCACACCCAGACAGACUAUCACCACAAGAUCAAUGAGUACCACCGCAACUAUGAUGCUUUGCAGUAUGUUCUACUCUUCCCUUCUGGUGAUUUUGGCUGGACCAUCAAUAGAUAUACUCCAACAGGGUCAAAGAUCUCCACCAUGGACUGGUACGCUAACCAUCUCAUGUACCAUCCCAACUUUAUGCACCUCCUCCACCGUUUUGGCCACCUCUUUCAACAGUAUAUUGUUGAUAUGUAUGUCAAGAUUGAACAUAGCCGUCUUAGAUAUUAUGUACUGAACCAAAAAAAGAUGUGUGCAGAACUUUACAGUGGUAUUCAGGAUGCAGUCCACCUCAAUGACAAUGAUAUGACAAAUCUUAGUUGGCAACUAGCAGUAUACCGUGUUGUCAUGGAAGUAGUUGAUGCAAGCCCUACAACCCCAAGAUUAUAUUUUGUUGACGGACCAGGUGGCACUGGAAAGACUUUUUUUAUUCAAUGCCAUGCUCAAAAAAGUCUGUCAACAAGGCAAGAUUGCUCUCGUGGUAGCUACCAGUGGAAUUGCAGCUCUGCUUUUGGAUGCACAAAGUUCUGGCUACUUGAUCAGAUUGCUUUGUAUCUCUCUGACUCGGUAUUUUUUUAUGAAAAAAGAAUAAUAACUCCACUACCAGAGAUAUUCUCUAUAAUCCUGGAUUUGACGGAUUAUAGAGAGUAUCUCCGCAAGGAAUUUGUGGAGUCUUUUGUGUCUCGGUGGGAGAAUGUUGGAAAACUUCCCACAAGGGUUAUCUCCCCUGACCAAGACCCCAUCAUUGGGUUCUUGGAGGCUGUUGCACUCGGCCCCGAGCAACUCAAACUCAAUGAAGUUAUGAAGAGUGGCCUUGUACCUUUGUCUGUGCUUGUGAGCAGGGGUCGUCCCACAUUUAAGAGUCGACUCAUAUAUGUGGCAAUGAUCCAGGCCAAGCAUAAGCAUGAUCUUAAAGCAUGGGUGUGA